AUGAGGGCAGCGCCAGUCGCCGCAGCCGUCGCCGCCGCAUCAACCAGAGCCGCCGCAAGCGCCUCAUCCCUGCGCCUCGCCAAGCUGCAAGUCGCAGACUCCCGCGCCUCCCCGGAAGUUCUCUCCUUCGGCCUCCUCAUCCAACACUUCUCCGACUGCGGCCUCUUCCUUCAUGGGCGGCAGCUCCACGCCCGCCUCGUCCUCCUCUCCGUCAUCCCCGACAACUUUCUCGGCUCCAAACUCAUCUCCCUCUACUCCCGCUCUGGCAACCUUUACGACGCUCGCCUCAUCUUCGAUGCCAUCCCCAUCAAGAACCUCUUCUCCUGGAACGCCAUGCUCCUUGCCUACUCUUUCCAUGGACAAACAGCCUCCUUUUUCCGCCUUUUCUGCUCCAUUCCCACCUCUCUCCGUCCCGAUGCCUUCACCCUCUCCUCCCUCCUCAAAUCAAUCUCCUCCCAAACCAGCGUUACCGCGACAAAAGAAGUCCACUCCUUCUCCCUACGCCUCGGCUACGACUCCGACUUGUUCGUUUCAAAUGGUUUGAUAACUGUCUACUUGCGCUCCGGUGAUAUCUCAUCUGCACGGAAGCUUUUUGAUAAAAUGCCUGAGAGGGAUGUAGUAUCCUGGAAUUCGAUUAUUUGCGGAUAUGCUCAGGAAGGACACUACGCUGCUUGCAUUGAACUCUAUCAGGAUAUGAAAAUGGGAGUAGAUCGAGUGAUGCCAAAUGGAGUAACAGUUGCUAGUGUGCUACUCGCUUGCUCUCAGCUCAAAAAUCUUUUAUUUGGAAUGGAAGUCCACAGGUUUGCCUUGGAGAGUGGGAUGGGAAUGGAUUUCGUGGUCUGCAACUCCAUCAUUGGGCUAUAUGCAAGGUGUGGGAGCUUAGACUAUGCUCGUAGUUUGUUUAAUUGCAUGGUUGAAAAAGAUGAAGUUACUUACAACACCAUGAUUUCUGGUUAUAUGUCUUAUGGGUUUGUUGAUCAGGCAAUGAAACUCUUCCAUCUGAUGCCCGCUCCAGUUCUCAGUACCUGGAAUGCAGUAAUUGGUGGUUUGGUUCAAAAUAAUUGUUUCUCACACAUUCUCGACUUGUUUCAAGCCAUGCAAACUGCUGGUUUUAGGCCUAAUUCUGUAACAAUUGCAAGUGUUCUUCCUGCCGUUUCCUGCCACUCGAACCUAUUGAGAGUGAAACAGAUACAUUGCUAUGCCAUUAAGAAUGAUUUUGAUCAAAAUCUUUAUGUUUCAACUUCACUUAUUGACGCAUAUGGCAAAGCUGGAUUUCUCGAAGGUGCAAAUUCGGUUUUUGAGCGAACCGCGUCUAGGAGUGUCAUUGUUUGGACCGCCAUUAUAUCAGCAUGUGCGAUCCGAGGCGAUGCUGAUGCCGCACUUGCCUUUUUUGGUAGGAUGCUUCAGGUAAGGAUGCAGCCAGAUUCUGUAACUUUCACUGCAGUUUUGUCUGCUUGUGCUCAUGGUGGGGAAGUUAAGGAAGCUCACAGUAUUUUACAUGUUUUGAUGCCUGAAUGUGGGAUUUCUCCAGCAGUAGAGCAUUAUGCUUGCAUGGUUGGUGCACUCAGCCGCAAAGGGAUGCUUACAGAAGCUGUUGAGCUCAUUGAUAGGAUGCCAGUAAAGCCAAAUGGUAAGGUGUGGGGAGCUUUGUUAAAUGGAGCCUCAGUUUAUCGUGAUGUGGAGCUAGGAGAAUAUGCUUUUGGACGGUUGUUUGAGAUUGAACCUGGUAACACAGGGAACUUUAUUUUAAUGGCUAAUUUAUAUUCGCAAGCUGGGAAAUGGAAGGAAGCGGAGAAGGUGAGGGAGAGGAUGAAGGGAGUGGGAUUGGCUAAGAUUCCUGGUUGUAGCUGGAUAGAAGGAAGCGGCGGAAUGCAGGUGUUCAUCACUCGUGAUGUAAAUAAUGAGCAUUCUGAAGAAAUAUUUUUUCUUCUUGACGCUUUAGUUGGAAUGAUGAGAGAAGAAGGUUAUCUUACCAAGGAGGAACUGGAUGAAGAGAGCUGCUGCCAAUAAAUUCUUCAGGGAACUGUAAGCAAACGAAAGAAGGCUUGAAAUUUACCAUAAAAUUAGAGGAAAUCAUGAAAUGAACGAAGAUCUCCAGCUCGAUCAUGUAAGUAAAUUUUUUAUAUUUUUUCUUUCUUCAUGCUUGCCACUUUCUAUGCAUAUGGCUGAUGCAUUUACCGUUAUU